AUGAAUAAACCACUCGUCCUUGCCAUCUUCAUCUCCCAUGCACAAAUGUGGCCUCAGGUGGAGCUCUUUAAGCCUACGAAUAGAAGUGGCCUUGGCUUCAGCAUAGUCGACGGAAAAGAUGUCGUGGAGACUCAGAUACUGACUGGCAUCUACGUGAAUCGGGUGGUGCCAGGAGGUGUUGCUGACAUGAGUGGACAAAUCCUACCGGGCGAUCAAGUGGUACAGGCAAGUGUGAUUGGCCCAUUCUCUUAG